AUGCAGCGCGUCAAGAGCAUUCUACUAAUAUUCAUAAGCUGUUGGCGCUCCUACCUCGCCUUUGUUCCACAACAGUCAGCAGCGUAUGCAGCAUAUUCGCCCAACAAUCUCCAAACGCUGCAACAGAAAUCACUGGACAACAUCACAGCUUACACUUACUACCAACCGUUACUGUACGCCACGCCACGUCAGCUCUUUGGUGGUGGUGGCUUUGGCUUUGGCGUCGGUGUUGGUGGCUGCAAUUGUCCACCAGGUCCACCAGGCUUGCCCGGUCCCAAUGGUCAACCCGGCCUGGAUGGCGAUCCAGGUGAGAAGGGUCCGCCUGGUGAUCCCGGUGAUGUGGGGCCUGUAGGCAGACCGGGUGAACGUGGCAAUGAUGGUCGCAGCGGUGCACGUGGUCCGCCUGGUGAGAGCGGUCGUCGUGGUCCGCGUGGUUUUACGGGUCCUGCUGGUCCAAUGGGUCGACGUGGUCCGCCCGGUGCGCCGGGACCGCGUGGUUUGCCCGGCGUAAAUGCGGUGGCAGCAACGGGUAGAGCUAAUUAUAAUUUUGACGAUUACGCCUAUGAUGCAGUCGAAUAUGAUGAUAGUUAAAAUGUUUAUUAAUAUAUUUUUGCUUUAAAUCAAGUUUGUUGCUUAAAGCUUUUGUAUGUAUUUUAUUAAUUUCAUACUUGGUAACGUUUAGUUUAUUGUUCAUAUACACCGUUAGAGGGCGCUGUUGUGGAAUCAAGCACAUUCUUGUAGCUAAGCUUGCAACCAAUGCGUUUAUAAGGCAUUUCCAUUG